CGUACCCGGCCACUAAACCACACAGCAUGAAGGUGUUCAUUAUUGCCGCCGUUCUGGCUGCUGCCGCGGCCGCCCCGGAGCACAAGACGUCUCAUCACGUGGCACCGACCUACAAGCCAGCCCCCUACCACCCGGCCCCGGCCUACAAGCCGACCCCGGCUCCCUACCAUCCUGCUCCGUCCUACAAGUCCGCGCCCUACCACCCGGCCCCGGCCUACAAGCCGACCCCGGCCCCCUACCAUCCUGCUCCGUCUUACAAGCCCGCCCCCUACCACCCUGCCCCGUCCUACAAGCCGGCGCCCCACCACCCGGCCCCGUCUUACAAGCCCGCCCCCUACCACCCUGCUCCGUCUUACAAGCCCGCUUCUUACCACCCGGAGCCCCAGUACAAGGAGGAAGCCAAGCCUUUCGCUUACGACUAUGCUGUCAACGACCACUACUCCGGAGCUAGCUUUGCCAAGAAGGAGGAGAGCGAUGGCCACAACACCCAGGGAUAUUACUCGGUGGCUCUGCCCGACGGCCGUGUCCAGCACGUCAAGUACGUCGCUGACCACUACGGCGGCUACAACGCUGAGGUCACCUACGAGGGAGAGGCCACCUACCCCGAGUACCACCCCGCCCCUGCCUACAAGGCUGCUGCCCCUGCCUACAAGGCUGCCGCUCCGGCCUACAAGCCCGCCUACAGCCAUCCCGCUCCGGCCUACAAGGCGGCGGCGUACUAGUCAAAUGCCAAAGAAUGUUUUCUAUUUAAACGCACAAAUGCUGAUGUUGUGAAACUUUUUUGUGACCUGACCCGCUGUGUUUCAAUAAACGAAACACUCAA